AUGUUUAACGACGAUAUUAAAAGGCACUGGGGAAAAUACAGCGAUAAAAGCGAAUAUCUGGAGGAUAUAAAUCGACUAAAGAAGCUUUUUCGUCUCACCACCCGGGAAGAUGCAUUGUUGCUCGAUGGUCUCGACAUCCCUCAAAUCCGAGAAGUCUGCCGCAAAGAGCUUCCCCAGGCUAGGGAAAAUAUAGAAGUGGCCAAACAUUGCUUUGCAUUGGUUGCCGAUGAGAAGGUGCUGAAAGAUGUUGCACGUGGAGUCUUUGUAAUCACAGCUGUUGCUUAUGAUCAGGACGAGGAUCGAUUCAGUCCGGGAUGGGUUAGAAUGUCAACCGGUGACAUACUGAACCUCUGGGAGUCGCUUUUUCUCGAGGAUGCUAUUUUUCGUACUAUCCACAGUGCGAUGCGAUAUGAACUGUCCAAUCGCGACCUUGAGACUUAUGUCUGGCCAGGACUUCCUUGCAUUGAGCCACUUGGCGAUUGUUCUGAAGCUCAGACUGCAAGACCGGAGUGGAUCCCCGAGUUUACUCGGUUCAGGGUUGACUAUUAG